GGGUAGUGCCACUUUAGCAUACCUAUAUCGGCAGUUAUGUCGAGGUUGCCAUCGUGACGGUGGAGAGAUGGGUGGGUUUGUAUUGCUCAUACAGCUAUGGUCGUGGGAGCACAUUCAUAUAGGCAGACCUGUCAUUCUGCGAUAUCAUGGGGUACAUGCCGGUCCUCUUGAUGAUGAUAUGGAUCAGCACGCUUUACUUGGGCCACAUCACGUUCGUGGCGAUGAUCCUUUGGGUCGUAGAUGGUUAUUUGCUCAUGUCACGCGCACAUCAUCCGCUGCUGGAUUAGGAUACUACCGAGAUGCUUUAGAUCGCUUGUGUGAUGAUCAGAUGACGUGGAUGUCGUACACUGAUGAGAUUCUAGGGCUUUUACCUGCUGUUGCCCGAGAGCACACUGACAUAUGGCGAGCACGUGUGCCUUUGAUAUGUUUUGAUGUAGUGGAGCAUUACUUUCCUGAUCGCGUACUACGCCAGUUUGGGUUGCAGCAGGUUACUCCCGGACCUUGUGAUACAUCUGUGGAUUUGCACAAGAUUGAUAGACGGGGGAAGCACACUGAAGAUUGGGGGAUGCGCCAUAUUCAGUAUAUCACUAUGUGGGAUGAUAGAGCGGCGUAUAUAGUGGACGGGAUCCCAUCUUUAGUCCCCACAGCUUCUGUAGACUACAUGAGAUGGUAUUACACCAUCACACGGGUGUUUAUCUCUCCCAG